AUGGUCAAAUCAAUCAUUCCCGCCGCUGCAUCGCUGCUCAUGCUAGCGACGACCGCCUUCGGUGCGUGCAACAGUUAUACCGCCUGCGCCGACAAGACCAUCCACUGGUACGAUCCGACAAACGGGGAAGUCUGUGAUCCUCUGCAUUGCGGUGGUGACCGCGCCGGUCCUCUCAAGCGCGACAUACCUUGUUGCCCUGCCUACACAGGCACCGAGCCCUGCAUCAUCACAACCUCGACCCUUUCUUGCUGGUCGCCUUCGACCGCCGCUCCCUCCACAGCUGCAUCCGCGAGCGCCGCUGAAAAUACAUCUGCCACUACUACCACCAAAUCCAAUGCCACGGUUGAUACUGGGGCUUCAUCUUCAACUGGCACAUCGUCUACUGGAGUAGCUGCUGAGACUUCCUCACACACUAUUUUGGGCAGCACUACUGCUCCUUCGACAACGGAGCCUCCAACGCAGUCGGCAGACUCGAAGACUUCUGAAACUGGCUCGGACAACUCAAGCAGCUCUACUCCACCGGUGUCGACAAAUAUUGCGGCGAGCCGUGUUGGUCCAUUGAUGGCAGUUGCUGGGGCUGCGAUUGGGGCUGUUAUUCUUGUGUAG